AUGGAUAUCGUGCUCGAACUCACCGAUACCUUCAUUGCCGACUACGCCUACGCGUACCUAUACCCAUUCCGACCCGACUUAUACGACUUCCCUCAUGGAACUCCUGGCAAUGCAUCUGCACAGGCUUUUUCGUCGUGGAGUUACAAGCCCGCGACACAGUUCUUGCAAGUCCAGCCAUCUCGGGCAGCCUACAUGAGCUCGUUGCCUCGCGACAACCCCUAUCGUCAGCUGGCAACACUCUUCUUCAUUACCUGGUUCUUCGGCAUUCUUGUGUAUUUCAUCUUUGCCACUAUGUCAUACUACCUCAUUUUCGAUAAGCGCACUCUGAACCACCCAAAGUUUAUCAAGAACCAAAUAUGGCUCGAGAUAAAGCAGGCCAACAAGUCAAUGCCGUUCAUGGCCGUAUGCACUGCGCCCCUAUUCCUUCUCGAGGUCCGAGGCUUCGGAAAUCUAUACGAUACCACGGAAGAAGGACCUGGAUUAUGGUACAACAUUGUCCAGUUCCCUCUGUUCCUACUCUUCACCGAUUUCUGUAUUUACUGGAUCCACCGAUACCUUCAUCAUCCCCUCGUAUAUAAGCAUCUGCAUAAACCUCACCACAAGUGGAUUAUGCCCACGCCCUACGCGAGCCAUGCUUUCCAUCCGCUCGACGGUUUCGCACAGUCGCUCCCGUAUCACAUCUUUCCAUUCAUCUUCCCUCUCCAGAAAGUCGCCUACGUUGUGCUCUUCGUUUUUGUCAACUUCUGGUCCAUUCUCAUUCAUGAUGGAGAAUACUUGACCAACAACCCCAUAGUCAAUGGCGCCGCUUGCCACUCUCUACACCACUCUCGCUUCGAGGUCAACUACGGGCAGUUCUUCACUGCGUUUGAUCGCCUUGGUGGUACCUAUCGCAUGCCCGAGGCCUGGAUGUUUGAGAGGGAGAAGAAGAUGUCAGAGAAACAAUGGAAGAAGGAAUCCGAGACUGUGGACGAAUUCGUCAAGGAAAUUGAGGGUGACGACGAGCGCACAUAUGGCCCAGAUCGAGCUGAAGCCAAGAAAACCAAAUAA